CCGGUCAGCAGCGAGCCUCCACAUCUCCUCGGUAGUCUGCAGUGCCUCAGCUCCUCCAAAAUGAGCCAGAGAUAUUCCAACAUGCCGAUAUCUUCCUCCCGGAUCUCCUUCACCCGCUCCGGACCCAGCAGCUCUGUCAGCAUGUACGCUGGUAUGAGUGGGCCCCGCAUCUCUGCUGCCACGGCAUCUUCGGUGCGUUCAGGCGCUCCAAUCUCAUCCUCCACCGCCUUCAAGGUGAGGAGUGGAAUGGGUGGCGGAAUGGGCGCAGGGCUCGCCGUCGGCGGCGCAUCCUUGGCCGGCGGUGCUGAUGGUGGGAUCCUGGGCAACGAGAAGGGCGCCAUGCAGAACCUGAACGACCGUCUGGCCAACUACCUGACCACGGUGAGGAACCUGGAGUCGGCCAACAGGGAGCUGGAGAUGAAGAUCAGUGAGGCCCUGGCUAAAGGGGGAGCUGAGAUGAAAGACUACAGCAAGUAUGAACCCAUCAUUGAAGACCUACGCAGAAAGAUCUUUGACAAGAUCUUGGACAACGCUCGUCUGGUGCUCCAGAUCGACAACGCUCGUCUUGCUUCUGAUGACUUCAAAGUAAAGGCUGACAACGAGAUGGCAAUUCGCCAGUCUGUGGAGGCCGACAUCGCUGGGCUGAAGAAAGUCAUAGAUGACACCAACAUGAGCAGAGUGAACAUCGAGAGCGAGAUCGAAGCUCUGAAAGAGGAGCUCCUCUUCCUGAAGAAGAACCAUGAGAACGAGGUGAUGGAGUUGAGAAAUCAGAUCUCCAUGUCGGGCGUGCAAGUCGAUGUCGACGCCCCCAAAGGUCAGGACCUGUCUCAAGUGAUGGAAGACAUGAGAUCCAAGUAUGAAAAAGAGGCUCUGAAAAAUGCACAAGACCUUAAACAAUGGCACGAAAAUCAGAUUGCAGAUGUGCAGGUUCAGGUAUCACAAAACACAGAAGCACUUCAAGGGGCCCAGAUGGAGAAGGGUGACUUAUCCAGACAGAUACAGACCCUGGAAAUCGAACUCGCGUCUCAACAGAGCUUAAAAGCCUCUUUAGAAGACACUCUACACAACACAGAGCUACGAAACAACAUGGAAAUGGAGAAGUACAAUAACAUCAUUUUACGCCUGGAGGAGGAACUCACCCACUUGCGCGCCAACAUACAGCAACAGACCCAAGAGUACGAGGCGCUGCUCAACAUGAAGAUGAAGCUCGAGGCGGAGAUCGAGACCUACAAGACCCUGCUGGAUGGAGAAGACUUCAAGUAAGAGUUAAAAAGAUGUGGAGAAGAAAAAAAAAAGAAAGUAACAGGCUCCAGGACGCAGUAGACGAACUGCUGGCCAUCGGCUAAUUUGGAACAAAGGAUCUGCAGUCAACCCAACAAAACAAGACGGUUAAUAACUGACUGAUCCAGUCAGUUGGUCAUUUCUGUACUGCAGUCGACCACAUACCAUGCAAAUGAUGAACGAAGCCUUUGUGAAUAAAGGCAUUGUUUCACAAACCAGUAAAACUGUUUUAAACGUGACCACUGCCUGUCAAACAAUUGAAUAAAAUCAUUUGUUGAGCCAUAA